AUGGGUCUGGAAGCUCUGGUGCGCCUGGCUGCUCUUGUAGCAGGGGCGACUCUGUUUUUGUCACAGGGAGCCACGGCGCAGUCCAGCAGCUGCACCAACACGCUCGUGAGCCUCUCGCCUUGCCUCGAUUACAUCACGGGGAACUCCACGACGCCGACGAGAUCCUGCUGCACACAGCUCGGCAACGUCGCCGGCUCCCAGCCGGAGUGCCUCUGCCAGGUCAUCGGCGGCGGCGGAGGAAAUUCCCUCGGGAUCAACAUCAACCAGACUCAAGCGCUCGCUCUUCCCGCCGCGUGUAAAGUCCAGACCCCUCCCGCCAGCAGCUGCAAUAACGCCGGAGCGCCGGAUACGCCACCGGGGACACGCGGAGAAGGGUCGGGGACGACACCGUCGUCAUCGGAUGGGAACACUGCGACGAUGACUUCGACUCUGCUUUUCGCGGGGCUCUUGUUUGCUUCCUACUCUGCCAUCUUCCCCACCACCGUUGCUCUGUGA